AUGCGGCGGCCCCCUGGGAAUGCAGAGGCAGCCAGCGAGGGUCCAGGUGGCUGGGGCCUAUGGGGAGUCCAGGUGCCCAGGAGGCUGUGUUGUGCUGGUCCCGAUCGCUGUGGGCAGGCCUUGCUACAGAUUGGGAUCAACAUGAUGGCACUGCCCGGAGGCCGCCACCUGGACUCCAUGCCCCUGCCAGGGCAGCGGCUGCACCUGAUGCAGGUGGACUCAGUCCAGCGCUGGAUGGAGGACCUGAAGCUCAUGACCGAGUGCGAGUGCAUGUGCGUCCUGCAGGCAAAGCCCAUCAGCCUGGAGGAGGACGCACAGGGCGACCUCAUCCUGGCAGGUGGCCCUAGCCUUGGGGACCCCCUGCAGUUGCUGCUCAAGCGGGGCUGGGUCAUCAGCACUGAACUGCGCAGAAUCGGGCAGAAGUUGGCCCAAGACCGCUGGGCUCGUGUGCACAGCAUGAGCGUGCGUCUCACCUGCCAUGCCCGCUCCAUGGUCAGCGAGUACACUGCUGCUAGCAGGAGUUCCUCACAGGAAAUGAGCCAGGUUGAGAAGCUGUUAAUGGAGAAGUGCUCGGAGCUCUCGGCCAUCACGGAGAGGUGCCUCCAGGUUGAGAGUGAGCAUGUCCUGAAGUCGAUGAAGGCUUGCGUGAGUGAGACCCUGAGCACGCUGGGGCAGCACUUUGGCCAGCUGCUGGAGCUGGCCCUGACUCGGGAGGUACAGGCACUGGUGAGAAAAAUUGAUGCCUCAGAGAACAUCUAUACGAUGGAGUGCAGCACAGGGAACCUGUUCAGCCUGACCCAAGAAGGGGCUGCCUUGUGCCGCAUCAUAGCCAAGGAAGGAGGCGUCGUAGCCCUGUUCAAGGUCUGCAGACAGGAUAACCUCCGGUGCUUGUACCCCCAGGCGCUCCGCACACUGGCCUCCAUCUGCUGCGUGGAGGAGGGUGUCCACCAGCUGGAGAAGGUGGAUGGCGUUUUGUGCUUGGCUGACAUCCUGACAGACGACAGCCACUCAGAGGCUACGAGGGCUGAGGCUGCGGCCGUGGUGGCCCAGGUCACCUCCCCGCACCUGCCCUUCACCCAGCACCUCAGUAGCUUCCUGGAGAGCAUGGAGGAGAUCGUGACAGCCCUCAUCAAACUGUGCCAAGAGGCCUCUUCUGGUGAAGUCUUCCUGCUGGCCUCCGCGGCCCUUGCCAACAUCACCUUCUUUGACACGAUGGCCUGUGAGAUGCUCCUGCAGCUGAAUGCCAUCCGCGUCCUCCUGGAAGCCUGCAGUGACAAGCAGAGAGUGGACACGCCUUAUACUCGGGACCAGAUUGUGACCAUCUUGGCAAACAUGUCCGUCCUGGAGCAGUGUGCCUCUGACAUCAUUCAGGAAAAUGGGGUUCAGCUCAUCAUGGGCAUGCUGUCUGAAAAGCCAAGGUCUGGGACCCCCGCCGAAGUGGCAGCCUGUGAGCGAGUCCAGCAGAAAGCAGCAGUGACCCUAGCCCGGCUCAGCAGAGACCCAGAGGUGGCCCGGGAAGCUGUGCGUCUCAGCUGUAUGUCCCGUCUCAUCGAGCUCUGCAGAUCCCCGUCAGAGAGGAACAGCAGUGAUGCUGUGCUGGUGGCCUGCCUGGCUGCUCUGCGUCAGUUGGCUGGGGUCUGCCCUGAAGGCCUCCAGGACUCUGACUUCCAGCAGCUGGUCCAGCCCCGGCUUGUGGACUCCUUCUUACUCUGCAGCAACAUGGAGGAGAGUUUUGUGUAG